UCUGGUAACAGAGAAAACUUUCCAGCUAAACGCCGAUAAGACUUCAUACUACUCACAAUACUCUAUAUAUUGGGAUCAUCACAACAGUCAAGGCUACCUCACAGUGAUCUCACAUUUGGCUGCCCACUUUUUUCCUUUCUCUUGAUCCUUUAAAACUUCAGACUUCCUUGCCUUCCGAGUCAUGGAGAAAGUCCAAUACCUCACUCGCUCUGCUCUAAGAAGAGCUUCAACCAUUGAAAUGCCUCAACAAGCACGUCAAAAUCUCCAGAACCUAUUCAUCAACUUCUGUCUCAUCUUAAUAUGCCUCUUGCUGAUCUGCAUCAUCGUGAUGCUUCUCUGAAGUGCUGCUGCCAUGUCCAGUGCUGCAACCUGUCACCAUCAGCUUAAGUCUGUCACCCACGGAGAGGGGAGAAGAGACCACUUCCCAGGAAGAGGAAAUUCUUCAUGAAAAGAUCAAGGUUCAGAAGAAAUUAUUAGCAAAUGUAUUCAUCUGCUGGAUCUUGUAAACAUGAAAAAAGGCUCCAUUUUCAAAAUUAACUUUAAAAUGACUAUAAGUGUGCAUAAUGUAACUGUUGAUUUCUGCAACAGAGCUUAUAAAUUUCAAUCCCAAACCUUUUCUGAGGAUGAACUAGGAGUUUAGUUUUGAAACUGUACUGCUAACAAGUCACUUCAUAUAUAAUGCAUUAGCUUCACUGUUUGGGGUAAAUAUAAUUUAUAUUGUACUGUAAAAGCCUCUUUUAUGUUUAUUAUGUAUUUUUCAGGUCUUCACCAAGUACCAAAAUAAUCACUCAAAUGACAUGUCAUUAUUUCAAAUAGCCCACUGAUUCCUCACCUUUUCUUUAUUAUUAUACAGACAUCUCUUUAGUAACUAUCAUAAUCUCCAUUCUAAAAUAUUUUACUAUCCUUACCUUAACAUUGUUUGAAGUUCAUGAGAAUCAAGUAGGAAAAAGAAGACCAUACUAUUACAUAAAUAAAAUUUCUCUUAAACUAUUUUUUAAAGAAUUAUAGAAUGCUAGUACAUGUAGAUAACCAUAAAUCUAUUUUCUCUAGGACAUUAUGAUAAAUAAAGGAGAAGUGCUGGUUAAUUUAACUGAUGACAGUGUUAUUAGCCAUAAUUACUACACUAAUAGAAUAGAGUCUAACCUUAAUUUAUGGCACUGUAAUUGAUUAUCUGCGUUACAGUAUAUAACUUGGCAUACUCUAUCUUUGGAAUCAUGAAAUCUUAAGACUUCAUAUUUUAUAGGUUGUCUUCUAUCCUCAUACUCAAUGUAGGCAAACAAAAGAAAAGAAAAAUAUAACAACUCAAGUAUUGAAAAAUAAAACUAAUUCUUUGAUUACAUUUUGAAAUGAACUUUUUCUUAUUAUUGUUUAUGACAGAAUAUAGCUACUUUCCUUAAUCUACCAACCAGAUGGUAAACACUUAUAUGGUAGGCCACUCUACUACACUAAAUCAUGCGCCCCACAAUAGUAAUCUAUAAUUAUUUUCUUGCUGAAUACAUUUCCUAUUUCCCCUCUUGCAACUACUCAUAAAACAACAGAAGUAAAAAUUAGUGAUGAAAAAUAUAUUCAAUCAAAAUUUGGUAAUUUAAGUGGACUCAGUUGGAAAUGAAGUAUAAAAUGGUUUACACAUACUGUAUUAUCCAAUAAUUUUAAGUUCAGUUCAAGACAUAUUACUAAUAUAGCAAUUAUUAAAGGAGUAGAGAACAUUUAAUUUACUGUAUGAUUUGUUAAAAUAUGGUUACUAAGUUACUAAAAGUAUUUGAAAAGUCAACAUUGACCUUGAUUUAUAACACCAGUGCUGGCAGCGGAAUAGUGAUAGAGACAUUAUUUUUAAAAUUUUUCUGAAUUCCUGAGCAGUACUGGAGAUGGGAGGGGGUUCGCUCACAGCUGAGGAACAGAGGGGAAAAGGAUCUCAUAUUUACAAGGGCAUUUCUUGAGCAAAGCUAUGGGUUAGAGACCCCUAAUAUCAACUAGAAACUUAUAAAGAAGACACACAUUCACCUCACUGGUGCAAUUACCCAUGCAAAAAGUAACCAAGUUCUAUAACUAGCUGCAUGAUCUUAUAAGUAAGUGGAAAAUUUGAAAUAACAAGCUCUAUUCCUUUUAAUAUAUUUUUCAUCACAACAUCAACUUCAAACUGUAAACUGUGCAGAUAUCGGGCUUUCCUUAAUAAAUUACAAGUAAAGAUUGUUUUUCAUUCUGCCUUUAAUAGAAAUUAAAACCUUAUACUUGAUGAUUACAGAACACUGUAACUCAGGUAUAAUGCAGAACAAAAACCCAUUCUUUAAAUGUUAUUUAUUCUGUUUAUCAUGAUGUAUAAUAAAGCAAUGUAUUUUUAAAAAUGUAAAUGCCAAAUGCUCAAAUACUUUCUACUGUAUAAUAAAUUCCAAACUUCACAGUUCUAAAAACUAA